GCUUCACCGCGGCAGCGCCAUGAGCACGCUAUGGAUGGGAAACCUGGAGACCUACAUGGACGAGAAGUUCAUCACCAGAGCUUUCUCCACCAUGGGCGAGCAGGUGGUUAAUGUCAGGAUCAUCCGCAACAAGAUGACGGGGGGUGCUCUGGGCUACUGUUUUGUGGAGAUGACAGACGAGGCCACGGCCGAGAGGUGUCUCCGCAAAAUCAAUGGGAAGCCUUUACCGGGAGCCAACCCGCCCACAAGAUUCAAGUUAAACCGAGCGACCUUUGGGAAGCAGGAGAGCGGGCAGAUGUACUCUCUGUUUGUCGGAGAUCUCACUCCAGAUGUGGAUGAUGGGAUGCUUUAUGAGUUCUUUUACAAUCGUUACCCUUCCUGUCGUGGUGGGAAAGUGGUGCUGGACAGCAUGGGCAACUCCAAGGGCUGUGGCUUCGUUCAGUUCCCCGAUGAGCGGCUGCAGAAGCGGGCGUUGGAGGAGUGUCAGGGUGCUGUGGGGCUGGGGGGCAAGCCUCUGCGAUUGAGCCUGGCUGCUAACAACUUAAAGAACAAGCAGCAGCAGUCGGAGCACAAAUCGUGGCAGUCCCCCUCUGGAUACAGACAGAACUAUGACCAGUACACCCAGUACCAGCAGCAGACCUACCCUGGCUAUUAUUCUUCCUGGGGCUAUGACCAGACCGGAGGAAUGUACGGCUACAACUAUCCGCAGUAUGAUUACUCGCAGUAUCCUGCUGCACAGGUAACUGCUGUCUCUCGUGUACACCUUCUAAGUGGAUGUUUGUGUUUUGCAGAUCCAAGUGUGGAGGUGGAUGUGGUGGAGGCCAACAGGAAGUUCAUGGAGCACAGUGAGGAACUGUACGAUGCACUGAUAGACUGUCACUGGCAGUCCACAGAGUUACAGCAGGACUAUGUGACCUCCAGUCUGCCAGAGCCCAUCUACUGCUGAACGUCAUGUCCUCUGGAGUUCACCUCUGUUUCCUCCCAGUCCAUACGGAUCGUGUGUGUGUGUGGGCUUCUUUCUUUUCUUUUUUAGAUAAUAAAAAUAAGCUAAUGGUUUUUAUUUGUGUAUAAUCCUGUUUAAAAUUAAACCUGACCAUUGGUACACAACCUG